ACCUUCCAAGGCCAAGCGUCCAGGUCGUCCGCUACGCGCACUCGUAUCGCUUCUUCAUCUGCUCUACUCUCCGCAGUUACUAUUAUCUCUUUCUGUUCUAAUCUAAUUCACCCGCUCCCCGAAAUCUCAAUCAUAAGUAGAAAUGGCGGAGAUUCAGCCUCCGGAGGGGCAGUUGAAUAAUGGUGCAGGAACGCUGAUGGUUAACUCUUGCGAACCCGUCCCUUCGUCCAAGCGUCAAAGGAGGCCGAGCGUCAGAUUAGGCGACAUCGGAGACCAGCCGUACGAUUCGCAUGUUCGUCGGAGCAACAAGCCAUGGAAGCUCGGUCUCGAUCACAGGAAGGACUCCAAUGCCUCAGGUAAAUCCUCCAAGACUCGACCUUUGACGAAUUUAAGUUCCGGAAGCGGUUUUGUGGAUUUUACCGAAACCCUAGAGGGCGACGAGAAAGAAAGCAAUUUGGAUUGCGUGGCAAUUGGUAGUUGGAAAGUGAAAGAAUCGAAAAAGAGAGGUACCACUGCCACCAAGCGGGUCAGAUCAAAUUGGGUUUCCAGAAUCGACGAAGGAGGCGGCGGGGUGGAAGGGGAGGAAAAAUAUAGCGCCGGCGAAGACAUUGAUGAUGGAUAUAGGGAUUUUGAUAAAGAGAAUUCGGAUAGCCCCUUGAAAGACCAAAGCCCAAUUCAUUCGUUGGAGAAUUUGGGUGUUGAAGGUCAUGGAAAUGACAGAGAGGUGCAUUAUCACGGCAAUAGGAGAUCAGUUAGGGCGAGGGUUUCAGAGGGUAGGGAACAUCACGAUGGCAUUGAGCUGUCUGGCCCAUCUGAUACGGAUGUGAGGGACUGGAAAUGUGGGGAUAGGAAUGGCAAUGGUGGAAGAGGGAGUUGUGGAGAAGAUGGGGUUAGGAUUUGGCUUAAUGGAUUAGGACUUGGUCGAUAUGCUCCUGUGUUUGAAAUUCAUGAGGUCGAUGAUGAGGUCUUGCCCAUGUUGACGCUGGAGGAUCUUAAAGAUAUGGGAAUAAACGCAGUUGGAUCAAGAAGAAAAAUGUACUCUGCUAUUCAGAAGCUCGGGAAGGGGUUUUCAUAAGCUUCUUUACCUUUCUUGCCUAAUGUAGCACUGGAGAAUUCUCAGCCAUAGCAAAUUAUGAUGGAUGUCUGAAGUCUGAACCCAGCUCUAGUAUGUUCUUCCAUAACUUGUUUGGCUUAGAAUAGCUAAUCUUAGUCCUCACUUGUUCUUACUUCCAAACAUCUUUUUUCAAUCCAGUGCAAGUACAUACGAGAAUGUUAAUUUUGUUGAAGUAGUUUUUUUUUUUUUUUUGGGGGGUUCCAAUGAACUAAUUCUAAUGAUAUCAUUGAUAAGUACAAAAGGCUACCGUUAUGGGAAAGUAUUUUUCUGAAUGAGAAAAGAAGUGAAAUGCUGUAUGAUCUCGUCACUGUAUCCAUUGGAGACACGGAUAAAUCUUCAUACCAUUUUCCGUGGGCGCCUCUGAAACUCUUGGCCUGUUUGUAUUAAUAGAUGCUUACAAUUUUGGAAGAGUUCCCAAGCCAGGAGCUUCCUAAAAAUAAGCCAAAUUUGUUUCGCUUCACAUGUCAUUGAGGUGUUAUUCUUCUGGUAAUUUUGUUAUAAUACCCUGCAUAUUUUUGACUGAUUAGUUGGAGUUUAUGCAUUUUAAAUCUCUUUGUUACUUGCGAUUUAUGCACGGGCAACUUUCUAUUCUCUGCUAGUGUUGAGAAUCUGGUGUUUGACUGUUGGACAAUGAGAGGGUGGAGAUGGGCUUGCUUUGUAUUCAGGUAGGCACUGUUUCUUACAUCCUCCUUUCAGGCCUUACUGGUGAAGUGUUUACUAGAUCGUAGUGGAUUCAAUAAUUCUGUGAGGCUGCUCACGUGUCACUCCCUCUCUCCUUCAAAGCAAUGUGGGCCCUUCCAAGUGCCAAGAGGACCGAAUAUUUUCUCAUGCUCUUGGCCAUUUACUUGUUCAAAGAGCGGGAAGUUUUGCUAAUCAUAGAGCAAUCAGGAGGUGAGGUGAUGAUGACGAAGGUCAAUAUGUGAACUGUCAAAUGAUUGCAUCAGGUGGGAAGCUGUGCGUGUGUGUGUGUCUUGUGGGGAGGAAUUCAAAUGAAUAAAGUCAAUGAAGGAACCUGAGUGGUAACUUCCGUAUUCUAUUAACAUCCAUUAAUGAGCCUCGAAAAUAAAUGAUAUGUCACUUGGUUUACUAUCCCGGAAA